AUGAUCCACAACUUCCAAUUCAAGACAAAAAGAUCUGAACCAAGAGAGUACCUGGUAACCUGUGUGGAUGACAAUUGCAACUGGUUACUUAGAGCUUCAAAGUUCAGGAAAACAGAAACAUUUAAAAUCAGAAAGUAUGUAAAUACUCACACCUGCUCCUUGGAUAUCAUUAUGGAAGACCACAGGCAGGCUAAUUGCAAUGUCAUUGGGGAACUAAUAAAAUCAAAAUACAUGUCAAUAAAGAGAGUACACACACCACAUGACAUAAUCAACGACAUGCUAGAUGAUUUUGGUGUUUCAAUGGGGUACCAAAAAGCCUGGAGAGCAAGAGAAAAAGCUUUAGAAUUGGCAAGGGGAAACCAAGAUGAUUCAUACCAAAAACUUCCCAUCUACCUUCACAUGCUAAAAGUCUCGAACCCAGGUACAAUUACACACCUGGUUACAGACAAUACAGAUCACUUCAAAUAUAUGUACCUAGCAUUUGCAAAUUCCAUCAAAGGAUGGAAACACUGUAGGCCAGUCAUUGUGAUAGAUGGAACUUACUUGAAGACAUCAUUUAGGGAAACUUUAUUCACUGCUUCAACAAUGGAUGCUAACAACAACAUAUUCCCAUUAGCCUUUGGAAUAGGAGACUCUGAAAAUGAUUCAUCAUGGUUAUGGUUUUUCACAAAGCUGAAGGAGACAUAUGGAGAAAGAGAAGGUAUGUCAAUCAUUUCAGACAGGUAUAAAAGCAUAGAAAAUGCUAUAGACGAUGUAUACCCAAAAGCUUUCCAUGGAGCAUGCAUAUUCCACCUGUUAAACAACAUCAAAGUCAAUUUUGGUGUCCAUGGGGAAGACCUAAACCUAAACUUUGUCAAAGCAGCAAAGGCAUACAGGGUACAAUCAUUUGAGCACUACAUGCAUGAAAUAGACAAGAUUGACACACGCAUAAGACCAUAUUUACAAAAAAUUGGAUAUUCAACUUGGUCUAGAUGCCAUGCUCCAACAAGAAGAUAUACAAUGAUGACAUCAAAUAUAGCUAAAUCAAUAAAUGCUGCAUUGAAAGCUGCAAGAACGCUGCCAAUCACUACAAUGAUGGAGGGCCUUCGAAGUUUAGUUCAAAAAUGGGUAUGGAAAAAUGGUAACGAAGCAAACGGAACAUUCACACAAGUAACAACAGAUACUGAAACUGUGCUUAGAGAAAACUUUAUUCGUGCCAUUAAAUUUCAGGUCUUCCCAGUAAACACUAUACUGUACCAAGUUGUGGUUGAACAGAAAGGAAAUUUUUUGGUCAACCUAAUGGAGAAAACAUGUGAAUGCAAAAGAUUCCAACAAGACGAAAUACCGUGUGCACAUGCAAUAGCAGUAUUCGCCAAAACACGGCUGAAAACAUAUGAUUAUGUUGCUGAUUACUACAAAACUACAACUAUGAAAGCAACAUAUGACUCAACUGUUCAUCCAUUGCCAAAUGAAAGCGAAUGGACACUGCCACAAACUUUAAACAUAAUUGUCCUACCACCAAAAUCAAGAAAACCACAAGGUCGCCCUAGACGGAAAAGAAUCAGAUCUAGAGGAGAACCAAAGGUGUAA